UUCCGGUUGUAAGACACGUGACCCCCCCAGCCGACCCACGUUCCAGUCAUUCUUACGAAACAAAACAGCUAAAUACGCCCUCUGAUGGACAACUCCCGUCAUUCUACAGUGUCAAGACAAGCAACAGCUACCUGUGUGGGAACAUGUCUAUUUACAGGAAUACCGUUUGGUUUGUGAAAGGACUGCAGGAGUAUACGAAAGGCGGGUAUGAAGCUGCAGCGAAGCGUUUCGCCCCGGCCGACCUGGAUGUAAACCUGAGCGGCAGGUCCUUUAUGGUCACAGGGGCCAACAGCGGGAUAGGGAAAGCUGCAGCGCAGGAAAUUGCCAAACGAGGAGGAACUGUUCACCUGAUUUGUCGAAACAAGGGACGAGCAGAGACGGCCAAAGACGAGAUUGUCGCGCAGAGCAAAAAUGAGAACGUUCACAUCCACAUCGUGGACAUGUCCAACGCACGGCAGGUCUGGGAGUUUGCGCAGAACUUCUCUGCGAACAAUCAGCUCCACGUGCUGGUCAACAACGCAGGCUGCAUGGUCAACCAGAGGGAGCUAACAGAGGAGGGCGUGGAGAAGAACUUCGCCACAAACACGCUCGGUACCUACAUCCUCACCACUGCGCUGAUACCUGCACUGAAGAAGGAGGACGACCCGAGAGUGAUCACCGUGUCAUCAGGCGGUAUGCUCACUCAGAAGCUCAACGUGGACGACCUGCAGUUUGAGAAGGGCACCUUUGACGGCACCAUGGCUUACGCUCAGAACAAGAGGCAGCAGGUGGUCCUCACCGAGAGGUGGGCCGCGCAGCACAAAGAGAUCCACUUCUCCUCCAUGCACCCCGGCUGGGCCGACACGCCGGCUGUGCAGUCGUCCAUGCCUUCGUUCCACGCCAAGAUGCAGUCCAAGCUGAGGACGGAGGCCAUGGGGGCGGACACCGUGGUGUGGCUCGCCGUGUCCGCCGCCGCCACCAAGCAACCGAGCGGGCUGUUCUUUCAGGAUCGCAAGCCGGUGGCGACCCACCUGCCCCUGGCCUCCUCCCGCUCGUCUCCGCAGGAGGAGGAGAAGCUUCUGUCCACGCUGGAGGAGUUCGCCCAGAAGUUCAAACCUUAAUGUCCGGAAAGUGCCUGCUAUUUAAGACAGAAGCACUCCGAUGACACUAAAUAGCUGUUUACAAAAAUCAUGCUUUUGAACAUGUUUGACUGAAACAACAGAGUCAAGUUUUUUAACACAUUGUUUGAAGUUUAAAUAAAUGCGUUUUUGGAAGAAUGAACUUUUUCAUCGUUUUAAAAUGCUUUUCCUUUACAAGAUGUUAGGAUAUAAUAAACGGAUAUGGUUGAUAUGCUGUGUCACACGUUAACUUAAUCAAGCUAAUGAAAUAUAUACUUUGCAUUGUUUAUAAUGUGUUUAUUAACUGAUUACUUGAUUUAAUUAAACAGAUUCAUUUUA